UUAAGUUUUCACUUUUACGUCGGCUCGCGGGAAAUGUAAACGGUGUAUGGUACACAUAAAGUAGAAUUUUGAGAAUAUCAUGCGCGCUAGCUAAGCGCAUGGAAAAAUUGGGUCGAUGUGCGAAAGAUGGCGGCUACUGCGUGGUGUAUGUGAAAAAGAUUCGUACAUAGAUUUUGCCUGUAGUUUUUACCGAAACAUGACAAGAUAUGGAAAAGCGUAUUUGCAUGUGCACGCCGCCACUAUACGCGGAAGUUUGUAUAAUACUAUAACGUGAAGUGGAGUGUUGCAAGGGAAAAAGAGACCCUAACGUAGGCGAGACUGGAGAUCAAGUGUUGCCGGACUUCGGCCCGGUAAGAAGAUCAGUAGAGAUGCUGAAGCAAUUGCAGAUGGGGAUGAGAGCUUUCCUCUUGAUGGCCUCCCGAUUGUGGACAUGCGUCUUCUUUCUCCUCAAGAAGCAGGUUAGAGCCAUAUCACAAAUGCAACCUGUUAAAUAUGAGAUCUUCCCAUUAUCUCCAUUGUCAAGGCACAGACUUAGUAUAGUUAAAAGGAAAGUACUAGUAUUGGAUUUGGAUGAAACAUUAAUUCACUCCCAUCAUGAUGGAGUAGCAAGGCCAACAGUUAGAUUUGGUACACCACCAGAUUUUAUUCUUAAAGUGAAAAUAGAUAGACAUCCAGUCAGAUUUUUUGUCCACAAAAGACCACAUGUAGAUUUCUUUCUAGAUAUUGUUAGUCAAUGGUACGAACUAGUGGUUUUCACUGCUUCCAUGGAAAUCUAUGGAGCAGCUGUUGCAGAAAAGUUAGAUAACAACAGGGGUAUUUUAAGAAGAAGAUACUAUAGACAACAUUGUACACCAGAAAUGGGUUCCUAUACUAAAGAUCUAUCUGCAAUUUGUUCAGAUCUAGCGUCAGUCUUUAUACUUGAUAACAGUCCUGGAGCCUACAGGGCUUAUCCUCAUAAUGCAAUACCAAUAAAGUCAUGGUUUAGCGACGCGGGAGAUACUGCUCUGUUAAGUUUACUUCCAGUUCUGGAUGCACUUCGUUUUACACAGGACGUGCGGUCUGUUCUUUCAAGGAAUUUACAUUUACAUCAUACUUGGUAGCACAGUUUGGAUUAAUUAAUAAAUUAGAUUUAUUAGAGACCGAACUACAAAACGUUUAGCGUGUUUAAUCUAGGAUUAUUGUUACUGGUACUGUGUUAAUAGACAUUAGGAUGCUGACUAAACGAUGCGACAAUGAUCCCUGACACACACCCUGUCCUCAUUUUCUACGCUCGUUAGAAAACAAAACUGUAGCGAGUAAGUCUGAAAGGGAGUGGGACCUUUAACCAAACUAUUUACAUUAGCACAAAAUAUCCUGGUAUUUUCGUUAUGUUCAUGUGUGCGCAAUACUAUAUAUGUACGUACGCGAGUGGUACACACAUACGCAAAAACAAUUACACAUAUACACACAUGCAUACACGACAAACAUACAGAGCUUUUUAAGAAAAAAAUGUAUUUGCCAAAGAUCAAGAUUUUCAGUUAACAUAGAUUUAUAUAUUUUACUUGAAAUAAUUUUGUUCUAAGUGGAGAUAUGCAAAACAUUUUAAGUAUUUUGCCACACAUGAUAAAAAAGUGUUAUAUUUUUUAAACAAAUUAUUUCUGUUAUAUAUAAUAUUAUUAAACUUAAAGUGUAGUAUUAAAAAAAGGAUAAUCUACUACUAAGUCACACUUUAAAUGGACUUCGCUGUAACUCACUGUAUCAGUGAGGCAGCUAUCCUGGAUAUACCUAAUAAUAAAAAGAAGUAUUAAAGAACUAUGAGGAAGCGAUAUUUGAUUUCAAUAAAUUUUUAAAAAAAUUAAAAUUCUUUAAAACGCAAUGUACGAUGUUAAAGAGAUAAAAAAAUAGACGAAUAAAGUAACAGUGAACGGAUGUAAUCGUACAUGUAGCUCUACAGUACAUUUGUUCGCUUGUUUAAGCAUUCAAAGUAAUAUUGAAGAUUACAUGGUUUGUACUAUGGUGAGGAAUGUGUUUGUUGCAGAAUGAUUGGUUUGAGUGAAUGAAAAGUGUAAUCAAGCCAUUAAACAUUUCACAUAACAUUUAUAUAUAUAGAUACAUAAAUAUAUAUAUAAAUGUUAGUUUCACUUAAUCAUAAAAC